GUGGACUUGAGUGGGGCGGUACGUUCCCGGGCAGAGCAGAGGAAGUGGGAGUCCACGCGGAAUUGGCUGGGGUCUCCACCCGGAGUUCCCACCAUGUCGAAGGUUUCUUUUAAGAUCACGCUGACGUCGGACCCGCGGCUGCCUUACAAAGUACUUAGUGUUCCUGAAAGUACACCUUUCACAGCAGUCCUAAAGUUUGCAGCAGAAGAAUUUAAAGUUCCUGCAGCAACAAGUGCAAUUAUUACCAAUGAUGGAAUAGGAAUAAAUCCUGCCCAGACUGCUGGAAAUGUUUUCCUAAAGCAUGGUUCAGAACUGCGGAUUAUUCCUAGAGAUCGUGUUGGAAGUUGUUAAUAUCUGCUACUUGGAACAUAGGAUGACCUUUCCAAAUAAAUAUUGGCAUUGUUGUAAAACUGAAGUCAGGCAUUUAAAACAUGAUGAAAACACCAGUAGUUGAUGAAAUAAUGAAGGGUGACUCUGUCCCUUCUUGUUAUUCACACGCUUCCUGUGAAGAGGGACUGCUAUGUAUAGAGGGUACCAUCUCCACAGAAGACCAUAGUCUGUCAUCGCUACCUCACAACACAUACAGAUAGUUCAUUCGGGCUAAGUGGAUUAUCCAGCUGUGUUUUGUAAGUGGUGGAUGCUUCUGAUAACUCUUUCUGAGAACAUUUGGAAAAUUAAAGUUUACUGAAUCUUCCUAUUUGCGUUAAAAAUUUAAAAGGACUGUGGGUCAUACAUGGCAGUUUGCUUGAUGGCAUCUGACUUGUGCACUUAAAAAUAGUUGAUUCUUAAUUGUAUGUUCAUGAUAAAGGAUAUAGACAUAACAAUGAAUACGUAACUAUCUUUUUGUCAUUUAGGUUUUUUUAAGUUUCAAACUAUAUCAGAGACCCCAAAAUUGAAUUUUUUGAUCUAGCCCUUAUGUGUAAAAUUGAUGUCCCACACCAAAGAGUUUUAACUAUGAUCUUGCAGAAUCCAGUACUUGGUAAGAAUUGAGAAUAAAGUAGAACCAUUCUUUGCUGAGUUAUGUAUCCUUUAUCAGUCUCUGAAUACAACCUUUAAAACAACCUUAAGAAACCCUUGUCUUAUUGAGGCUAGUAUUUCUAAAUAACAUUCAGGAAAAGGGUAUUGGAAAGAUCUGGAAUUCACAACAGAGCUCUAGGAAAUGCUAAUUGAAAAUGCUGAUUAUUAUACUGAUUAAAGACCCAGCAUUUAAGGAGGUGUUAAGUUUAGCCACUGAAGUGAAUAAGAAGUGAGGAAGUGGGGAAACCCUAAUGACCAGUUUUCUGGUAAGGAGGAAAGGAAACAGAAGACACAAUGAAGGGGAACAGAAAGCUGUAGGAGAGCAUCACAGAACAAGCCAACUGGAUCGGCAGAAGUGCAGUGUGUGUUUUGGAGAACUGAAGAGGAAAAGAAAAUAUAUGACAUUUCAGAAGGAGCAGAAGGCAAUUAGAGAAAGCAAAGUGUAGGCUUUGUCAACACGCAGACUUCAGAAUUCCCCUUAUGAUAAUCUAAAGAAUGAUGUGCAUAAGGGAAGAGUUUAUUUGCCCUUAAAGAGGAAAUCAAUAUCUAUGCAAAUCUUGAAAGAUGAAAGGAAGGCUCAUAGUGAUUCAGAGCCAGUGCUUGGCCUGCUUUAUUCUGGAUGGUGAGCUCCCUGGAGGCGGGCUUUGUGUCUGUCAUGCACUUUCUAGACCUGGAAGUGUAGUGGGCUUUCAAUAAGUACUUGCUGAAUUAUUCAUGAAUAAAGUAUCUCUUAAGACCAAUUUUUAUCUAAGUGUGUUUCAAUUAUAUUCCCUGUCAUAGGCCCUACUAGGUUCAUUGGGAAAAAAAUGUGUAAGGAGAUGUAACUGGGUCAGCAUCUCAAGGGUGACAUUAGUAGUUAAGUUUAAGAAAUUAACCAGAUGUUGUCAUAUAUUUGACAAGUGAACAAUAAGAUUCUAAAUCGUGAAGGUAGAAAAGUAUGCUUCUAAUAUUUGGGGAAGUUUUUAUUUUUCUAAACAAAACUGAUGCUCAAAGACCCCAGGUUUUUAAUGUCAUUAAGCCUCAGUUAACCAGAAAUUUAUGAAUACCCAUUCUGUGAAUUUUUAAAUUUAGACUUCCUUCAUCCUGUUUCCACAACAAAAUCGUAAGUUAUGGUGUCCUGUGCCAUAAGGUGAUUUGUUUAAUAUUUUUCUUCUUUGGUUUUGAAAGUUUUGUUGUAGU